GGCCUGACAUGAGAGCGUAUUCCUGCUCCCCUCCUCUUGUGUGUGUGUAUAUACAGAGCUGAAUGAGGAUGCAGCUUCGUUCUACUGUGAGUGGGACAGGCUGCAGGGACCGGACACAUGCACCUGAUGAUCGUGAAGUCAGCACACACGUCAUUCCCGAUGCAGAACGAUGUAAAUGAUAUGUCCGGGUCUGGAGCACGUGAAAACCCGAACCCAUCAUUCAAAAAUCGGACUGUACAGGUGGCAAACCUAAUCUAUAGUCUCAACCAGCAGCAUCCAUCUUCCACGACUGUAAUUGUAACUAUGGAGACUAGACUAGAGCACUCGAAGCUGCAACCUAAACUGCAUAACAUUAGAUUCCGCCCCUUCCGGUGACUGACAUCAGCCCUAGGCUCUGCUCUUCCUGGAGACCACGUGCGACUAUACCGGAAGUGAUCUGUGGCAUGUGCGCGAUAUUGAUAUAUUGGUCAAGAUUUAGAAAAUGUCUGCACUCUACUCUGGAAUCCACAUAAAACUGAAAAAUGCCAAAAUUCCAUGGGAAGACAAAAUAAAACUAGCUCAUUUUGCAUGGAUUUCCCAUCAGUGUUUUCUCCCAAAUAAGGAACAGGUCUUACUUGACUGGGUCUGCCAUGCUUUGGUUGGAUUGCAUUCCAAGAAACUGAAUCUGGAAGAAGAUAUUCAGCAGAAGCUCUGGUGUUUUCUGGACAACAUUUUACGCAGUAAAAGGUUGAAAUGUCUAAUAAAAGAGGGAAAGUGUGUAAAACUUCGGUUUGCUAUUGCACAGGUUAUGAACGACUUCAUUGCUUUAUCAUCUGUGCAACAAGACCCUCCAGCUGGUAUUGCAAACAUUUUAAGCUGCUGUCAAACUGUUCUCUCUACGCCUAGCCUUGCUUAUGUCUAUACAACAAAAUAUGAAUUGAUGGUAGACUUACUAACUAAGCUGUGCACAUUGGCUUGUCAUUACUUGAUCAUCCCAUCUGAACAAUUACAACUCACCACAAUCCAAGUCCUUAAAACCCUUCAAUUGUCUUUCACCCAGUAUCUACAAGUACAGAGACAGCAAAGUAAUCCAAAUAGGGUAUUUACAUAUUUAAUGGCACAUCUAUUUCAGCCAUGCUUGCUGUUAAGGAAUUUCUUGAACGUUCGUGUUUGGAGUAAGGAUGAUGAUAGUCAAGUACGCCACCAACUAAUCAAGGACCUCCGCAGUAGCAUUGAGACUGUUCUUUGUAGUGCCCUUUUUCAGCCUGAACUUCUGGCUUCAUACAAAGAAGAGCUUCUUUCUGAAGGAGACAGGUCAGAGAAGAAAAAGAUAUCACCCAAAAUAUUUCUUACACCUGUAUCCUCCAUCUUGACAAAACUAGAGGAUAGCACUUUCUGUGACCCAGACACCUAUGUUUCACUAUUGGCCAAUUCUGUUUCUCUGGUGUAUAAAUUGUUUUUGGAUGCAUAUUGCAAAGAUGGAAAGGAAAUAUUCUACUUUCACAUGCUUGUCAAGCUCUUUCAUUGCCUUAAAUCAACUAUUCCAUUUAGACAGGAAGAUAAUGCAACAUCUUCAGGUUACUCUACAGGUCUUCUUGCAUUAGAACAGCUACUGAACCUAGCUCUCAAUCAUGACAUCUACAAUGUUGCUGAAGACCACAUAAGGUAUAAAGAUAUUCAGUACCAGUUCUAUCGUAAGGUAGCAGAAAUGCUGAUAUGCAACCCCUGCACCUCUUCACAAUCUUGGUUUCGAUGCUUAAAAAAUGUAAUAUUAUUAAAUCACAUGAUCGUUGAACCAGACCUUGAUGACCUAUUAUCAUGUGCAUGGAUUGAUGCAGACAUUUCCGAUCUGCGCAUUAGAAAAGCGCAGGAAGCUUUACUUGUAAGCCUUUUCCAGACCUAUACUAAGCUUCGGCAGUUUCCAAAACUGUUUCAGGAAGUUGUGAUAUUGAUAUGUCGUCCUGCAGCUGAUGAGUUAAGACAGCCGAUUCUUACUUCUAGUCUGAGUGAGAAACUUUCAGAUUUCCUUAUUCAGCUUCCACCUAAUCAGAUUUUGGAUGUGUGGGCCAUUAUUUUGGAAAAGUGUGGUUGCGAUAUCCUUCCAGGUAUUAAAGAUGACCCAGAUGUUUGUUUGAAAAUGGUCUCUCUCAGCUCUCUUUUGCAUUGCUUGUUGUUUAACAUGAAGAGUUUGGACAAUUAUACUCCAACGCCUGUUUUAGCAAGGUUCAAUGAUCUCAUGAAACAAAUGAUGGAUAAGCUGAUAUUGCCUUCUCUGGCUAUUGUUCAGCAGGGUUGUGUAAACACUGUAUCUUUGGCCUGGCUUCCCAAACUCUGUGAUGCUGUCCUUUUGCUUCUCUGUACGUGGAUAGAAGUAAAUACUGUGACUAAACUGAAUUGCAACAAAUAUGUUUCACAGAUAAGAGAACUGCCCCUUCUUUUGGAAUCGUCUAUUGAAGGGUGGGAUUUUUCAUUGUUCUGUGGCGAUAAAGAUUGUUGGAGUAAAGUCUAUAAACAUUGCACUCAAUUAAAUCCAGUCAGCAUGUUUUAUCUGGAGCUGCUUUCUAUUCAGAAAAUGAAACAUAUUCUAAUGCAUUAUGCCUCCACAACCGAAUCCAUGCAACUUACUCUUCAGAAUGCUGCAUUUCUAAUUAUUCAUCCUGUUAGUGAUCUUAAGGUGCCGAAACAUCACAAACCUUGGAGUGGAAAUGCUAACUUAGUUGAUACAAAUUCUUUCCAUGUGGCUCACUGGCACCUCAUUACAUCAAAUCUUCUAAUUAUCCUUCCAUACGUUCCAUUGCCAAAUAUCUACAAUAUAGCAGACUUUCUGCUGGAAACAAUGCCGCCUACACAGUGCACAAAAGAUCCAACUGAUAAAGAAAGUUCAGUUUCGUUUGAGGAUAUUUCAUUGGCUUUACUGAAAAGUGAUCACUUUUCUGAGCUACCUGGAUUGCAAUGUGCAUUUAUAACCAGCAUUAUUAACAAAUGUGCCAUUGCUUUAAAGGAGAAACAUGUUUUAAAUGGUAUUUGUGAUCUUCUCUCUGCUAAAGACUUGCAUUGGCAUGAAGAUUUUCUUUCAUCCUACAGUAAAGGAACUAAAAUAUGUGCCAGUGAUGUAGUGGAUGGAUUAAAUUCCAAAGUCUCUGUGUGUAUAACAAAUUUAGAGGUUGUUGUACAGUGUAUAUUAUCAUUGCCUAAUGAAACUAAAUUUGUUGAAUUAUGUGAUUCUGAGAUAAACCAAAUAACCAAUAUUAUAGAAUUUAUUUCUGUAUUAAAACCUGACAGUCUGACACCCUCAGACCAGUGUCGCUGCUUUUUCCUGCUGUUGUCUAUAGCAAGGACAAUGUCCUUUAGGAGUCUCCAACUUGCAGGUGUUUGUUAUAGACUUAUGGUAUGUCUUUUAAAUGGUAAACAUGCCAAAGCAAUAUUCAAACUGCUCUUUGCUAGUGACAUUCUAAAAACUGUUGUGAUAUGCUUUCAGCUAACUGAAUUUGAGUUUGCUGAUGACAUGGAGAACAAGCAGUACUGGCCGGAAUUUAUUUCCACUAUACAGUCUUUUUUUGACACAUUGCUUGCUUUGGUCUUAGAGCGGAAGCAGAGCUGUCUCCUGAACUUAGAGAAAUUUGCAGAAUUUGUGUUUGAAUUUGUUCCAAAACCCAAAAGCAAAGACUGGAACUCUUGUAUAGGUCAGUUGCUUAUUUCUGUUCUCAGUGGCUUAUGCAGAGUUUUAACAACUUGCAUCCAAGAACACAUUGUUGAUAAAAAGAAGACUGAAACCUUUUGUGCUUUACUGCAGCGGUCCGUUGUUACUAUGAAUAUGGUUGUUCAGCAAUGCCUGAAGAUCAAUGACCCAACUCACAUUUUACCUUCAUUCCUUGUAUCCUGCACAACCACUCUCCUUGAAGCAGAGCUCAGUUGCCAAGAUAAAAUCAAAAUUCAGAACAUUGAGGUUUACAGAUAUCUCUGCUUACAAAUUCUGAGAGAACUUCCAUAUGCUGAAAAACAAACUCUGUUUCUGAAAGCUGCCCUUCGUUAUUUGGCGUUUGGCAUUACAGUAGAAGAAAUCUACACUGCACAGCAAAUGCUAGUCACCUCCAUAUUUAAUUCCGUCCAAAAAAUGCUUUCUAGUCCCUGGAUCAAUAAUGAGAUUGUUCAGAGCAUAGAAAGGGAGCUAAACGACUUAUUCAAUCAGAUGAUGGAGCGUUGUAGCUGUGAAGAAUUUAAUACCGUUCUACAAUCUACACUUCAAGGACUAGAAGUUUACAACCUGUGGGAAAACAACAAUAAGGAAAUUGCUGCUGGCAUCGCAAUAACCAAACUGCUACUUAAUUGCCCUUUAGAAGAAGACAAGGAAAAGUGUUUCUGGUUUACCACCUCUCAGAUCAUGACAGCACUUGUUACUCUUGGCAAUGAAGCUUGCAAGGACCGUUCACUGCUCUCUGAUAUUGUUGUGCCGGUAAUAGACACUAUGGCCUUGUUACUGAGGCGUGGAGAGAUGUUUCUGACAAAUCCUCACCAUGUGACCCUUUCAUUCAGAACGCUGCUCACCGUGCCUCUGGAUCACUUGAGGUUUGAAGAAUACUACAGUAUAUUCUUAGCAGUGCAUGAAGUGCUGUUUUCAAUACUGCAGUGUCAUUCCAAGGCAAUGCUGAAAUCAGUUGCACCAUUUUUGAGCACAUUCCAUAGAUUGGUUUCAUCUGUGAUGCAUGAGGGACAACAAAAAGGAGAUAAAGGCACAGGUCCUCAACUGGAUAUUGUAAUGAAAUGCGCACAACUGGUGGAACGAAUGUACACUCAUAUUGCAGCGAAAACAGAGGAAUUCACAGUUUUUUCUUCUUUCAUGGUUUCACAGUAUGUUAAUGAGCUACAAAAGGUUACACUUCAACCUGCUGUGAAGAAGCAUCUCACAGGAGGUAUCUUUCACAUUUUGGACCUGUGUAUUGAACGUGAUAUCAAGUUCCUAAAUGCAUCCUUACAAAUGGGAGUGCGAGAAGUAUUCAAAGAACUGUACCAGGAAUAUACUCACCAACACAAAACAAGAAACCAAGUAGAAGAAAAAUAUAGAGGAUUUUAAUGUACAGUUUAAAUUUUGCCUUAAAAAGAUACAACCAUGAUGUGCCAUGCAUGUGGACAAAAAA